CACAGAAUGGCUAAAGCAGCUUUAAGUGGAGGGUGGAUUAUUGUUCCCUUCGUUUGCCUUGUGUUUUCCACUCUGAAAGAAUGUUGUGGCUACUCUUUUUUCUGGUGACUGCUAUACACGCUGAACUCUGUCAACCAGAUGCAGAAAAUGCUUUUAAAGUGAGACUUAGUAUCAGAACAGCUCUGGGAGAUAAAGCAUACGUCUGGGAUACAAAUGAAGAAUAUCUCUUCAAAGCGAUGGUGGCUUUCUCCAUGAGAAAAGUUCCCAACAGAGAAAAGACAGAAAUUUCCCAUGUCGUACUUUGCAAUGUAACCCAGCGGGUGUCAUUCUGGUUUGUGGUUACAGAUCCUUCAAAAAAUCACACCCUUCCUGCUGAUGAGGUACAGUCAGCCAUAAGAAUGAAUAGGAACCGGAUCAACAAUGCCUUCUUUUUGAAUGACCAGACUCUGGAAUUUUUAAAAAUCCCUUCCACUCUUGCACCACCCACUGACCCAUCUGUGCCCAUCUGGAUUAUUGUAUUUGGUGUGGUAUUUUGCAUCGUCAUAGUUGCAAUCACGCUUUUGGUUUUAUCAGGAAUCCGGCAACGUAGAAGGAAAAACAAAGGACCAUCAGAAAUGGAUGACACUGAAGAUAAGUGUGAAAACACGGUCACAAUUGAAAAUGGCAUCCCCUGUGACCCCCUGGAUAUGAAAGGAGGGCACAUUAAUGACACCUUCAUGACAGAGGAAGAGCGGCUCACCCCUCUCUGAAGGGCUACUGUUUUGCUUCCCCAAGAAACUCAACACUUGUUUCUGUGCAGCUGUUGAGUACCACAAAUUAUCAAAGGCAGAUCACGUAUUUUGUUUCACCAUUCUUCUUCUGUAAGAAAUUUUGAAUGUGCAUGAAAGUGAAAGGCAAUCAGUUAUAUUCGUGAAGACCAUUGGAAUCAUAAGCUGUUGACUACUCCAAAUAUUCUGAAAGAUUUCUCUGCGAACACAGUGUGUAAAUGCAGUCAUGUGGUGUUUGUAAUUAUUGAUUUAAAAAUGCAUCAGUAUUUAAGCAUUUCCACAAAUAAGGUCAGGCCACUAUGUAUACAUAUAUAUUUCAUACUCUGAAGGUGUAAGGAAAAAUAUUUUUCCAGUGGAGAAUAUCUAUGAUAUGAUGUAGAAAUCAUUGAAAAUGAAUCAUUUUUCUUACUGUUUAUAUCACACUGUCUACAACUAAGUAAGCAAGAAUAAAAAGGAAUUAUUGUAAAUGGGAUGGAUAAAAAUGAGAGUGUUGACACAUAAAGUGGAAUUUGAUCCUGUUAUCAUACCAACAGUUGCUUAUAUAUUUUCUGACUGUCAGUCUCUAAUAGGGCAGCUCUAUUUGUUGGCUAUUUGUGCAAUUUGUAAAAGUACACUCAAUGCUAAUUUAAUAAAGU